AUGACGAUCGAUUCACAGCAGCAGAAAACGAGCAAGUUCCGAUGGGGAGAAAUGGACGAAGACGACGAUCACGGAUUGAAAACGGUGAUCGAAUACAAGUUCAACGACGAAGGCAACAAGGUCAAGGUCACGACCAAGUCACGUGUCCGUAAGCUAGCUUCCGCGAGGCUCAACAAACGUGCAAUGGAGAGGAGAAGCUGGCCUAAGUUCGGAGACGCCGCUAGUGAUGACUCUGGUAGCAGUCUCACUAUGGUGUCAACGGAGGAGAUUCUUAUGGAACGGCCUAGGGCUCCUGGUGCUAAAGAUGAAUCAAAGGCAGCUGGAGACAGUUUAUCUCAGCUGAGUAAAGGUGGCGCAGUUCUCAUGGUUUGUAGGACAUGCCAUAAGAAAGGUGAUCACUGGACAUCAAAAUGUCCUUACAAGGAUCUAUCUGCACCAGCCGAUGUCUUUGUGGACAAGCCAACCACAGGGGAAACAUCUACCGUAUCCGCAGCACCUGGAACUGGCAAGGCGUCUUAUGUUCCCCCCAGCAUGAGAGCAGGUGCAGACAGAAGCGCUGGUGGUUCGGACAUGAGGAGGAGGAACGAUGAGAACUCUAUUUGUGUAACUAACUUGUCUGAAGACACACGUGAACCUGACUUGAUGGAACUCUUCCACCCUUUUGGAGCUGUCACGCGUGUCUAUGUGGCGAUUGAUCAGAAGACUGGAAUGAGCAGAGGAUUUGGUUUCGUUAAUUUCGUGAGCAGAGAAGACGCUCAAUGA